AUGAAGACUCUGAUCGCAUUCGCCCUGCUCGCCGCCCUGGUUGCCGUGGCUGUUGCCAACCAGAACGCCAAGAUACUGCGGUACGAGAACGUGCAGGAAGGCGACGGAAGCUACAAGUUUGCGUUCGAGUCCGAUGAUGGCAUCGCGCGCCAGGAACAGGGCGAAACGGCCGGUGAAGAGGCCGCCGUCAACGUGCAGGGUAACUUCAAGUUCGUGGCCACCGAUGGCCAGGAGUACGAGGUGCAGUACGUGGCCGACAAGGAUGGUUUCCACCCGGAGGGCGCUCACAUCCCGAACGAGUACGUCCAGACCCUGAGCCGGCUGUAG